AGCCAGAUUAACAACAACAACAGUUGACUUGGCAGUUCGCUUGUUCAGUUUUGUGAGUCGUUCGAUUGAACAUAUUCCGAACGGUUCGAUAUAACUGUAGAUGUGCUACGCUCUUUUGUUUAUUUGUUUAAUGUUCGUUUAACGCUCAAUAUAGAAAAAGUAGCUACACGACCUGCCCCCUGGACGUGUGCAUCCGCUUUUUAGAGAAGUUUGGGCUAGUCGAUGAGACCGUCAGCGUCGAGAACGCGCAAAAUGAGUAACAACUACAACGAUAUACCCAUCGGGAUACGCGUGCUGCAGAGCUUCUCGCGGCAAUGUCCGCGAUUUCAUGCGCGCAAGGAGCUGUGCUACAAGAUGUCCAUAUUUUUGCUGACAUUCCUUGCCUAUGCCUGCUAUCACAUGUCCCGCAAGCCCAUCUCUGUGGUCAAGUCCGUGCUGCAUGGGAACUGCUCGAAUACGCAGGCAAAGCUGCACGAGGCCGGAGAUUGCGGCUAUGCGCCAUUUGAUGGCUCCGACUCGAAGACGCUCUUUGGCAUGCUGGACUCGGCCUUUCUGUUCUCCUACGCCAUUGCCAUGUUCAUGUCGGGCUUUAUAGCGGAGCGCGUCUCGUUGCGCUAUUUUCUGUCCAUGGGCAUGAUCAUGACGGGCGUGUUCACCUAUCUGUUUGGCCUGGCACGCACCUCCAAUAUACACAGCCUCAGCUACUUUAUAUUUGUGCAAAUCUUUGCCGGCAUAUUCCAGACCACAGGCUGGCCGGGCGUCGUCACGCUGGUGGGCCGUUGGUUUGGCAAAAAGAAACGUGGCCUGAUCUUUGGCAUUUGGAAUAGCCACACGUCCAUUGGCAAUAUUCUGGGCACACUAAUUGCGGCGCACUAUGUGGAAAAGGAUUGGGCGCUGUCCUUUGUUGUGCCUGGCAUUAUCAUUGGUGCUGCGGGCUUCCUGCUCUUUCUGUUUCUGGUUGAUCAGCCAGAGAUCGUUGGCUGUUAUCCACAGCAUGUCACACAGGAGCGUCGUAACGUGGCCAAUGAAUCGGAUGUGGACCAUGAUGAGGAUGACGACGAGGAACAGGCGCGUCACACCGAAGCCUUUUAUGCCCAGUCCGUUUAUGCCGUUCAACAAACCGAUCAGGUUAGCUAUCGCCCAGCGCCCACCGAACGCACCCCCAUCUUGUCACGCCAGCCGUCUAGGGAACGCCCAGCGGGACACGGUCGUCCCAUUAGCUUGGUUGAUGCACUUUAUAUACCCGGCGUGAUUGAGUUCUCGCUCUGCCUGUUCUUCACCAAGCUGGUCAGCUAUACGUUCAUGUACUGGCUGCCGCUCUAUAUACAGUCUUCCAGCACCUUGGGUCCAGAGCUGUCCGCCGAUCUCUCCACGCUGUUUGAUGUGGGCGGCAUAUUGGGUGCCAUAGCCGCCGGCUAUGUAUCGGAUCUGACGGGCAUGUCGGCCACAGUGUGCACAGUGAUGUUGUUCUUUGCCUCGCCCAUUCUGUUAAUGUAUCAACAGUAUGGCGCAUUGUCUGUAACAAUUAGCGUGCUUCUGCUCAUCAUUGUGGGCAUCUUUGUGAACGGCCCGUAUGCAUUAAUAACGACCUCGGUCAGCGCCGAACUGGGUCAGCACAGCUCCUUGGAGAGCAAUGCGAAUGCCCUGGCCACGGUUACCGCUAUUAUAGAUGGCACGGGCUCCAUUGGCGCUGCAGUGGGCCCGCUGCUGGCCGGGCUCAUCUCCAGCCACAGCUGGCAGAAUGUCUUCUAUAUGCUCAUCGUGGCGGACAUCAUUGCCAUGCUGCUGCUCAUGCGUCUGGUCGUCAAGGAAUGCACCGCGUUGCGUCGCUCAGCGAACCGCAUUCGCAUCGAAUAGCAGCAGGAGAAUUAAUUUUACUCUAUCGGAAUUCAAUAUUAUCAUAUGUAUAUAUUGCAUUGUAUUACAUGCAUGCACUUACACACAUUUGCCUGCAUCUGUGCAGGCUUAUGUGUGCGUGCGUGUGCAGCUCGCAUUAGCUAUUUUAAUAUUACACUACUUCUAUAUGUAUGCCCAUUUAUGUGUGCAUGUUUAAGUACCGUCUGCUUGUCUAUUCAAGAGCA